AAAGGUGAGCCUUCAGGACUUACGAACCCACUGGAAAGUGCAGUCGGUCUUCGCUCCAGCUUCUUCGGUCUCUCGACUUUGCAGCGAAGUUAACGACUGAGAAAAGAUGCAGAUAUUUGUCAAAACUCUUACGGGGAAAACCAUAACUCUCGAGGUUGAGAGCAGCGAUACCAUCGACAACGUCAAAGCCAAGAUCCAGGACAAGGAGGGCAUUCCACCUGAUCAACAACGAUUGAUUUUUGCCGGGAAGCAGUUGGAAGAUGGUCGGACCUUAGCGGAUUACAACAUUCAGAAGGAGUCAACCCUCCAUCUGGUUUUGAGGCUUAGAGGCGGAACAAUGAUCAAAGUGAAGACACUUACUGGAAAGGAAAUUGAAAUUGACAUUGAGCCCACAGAUACCAUUGACAGGAUCAAGGAAAGGGUUGAAGAGAAAGAAGGGAUUCCACCUGUGCAGCAAAGGUUAAUCUAUGCAGGCAAGCAGCUUGCUGAUGACAAGACUGCCAAGGAAUACAACAUUGAAGGAGGUUCUGUACUUCAUCUCGUUCUUGCUCUUAGGGGUGGCUACUAGCACAACUACAUCCUUGUCUGUUCAUACAACUUUUGCAUCAGGUGUGAAUGUGAUGCUGAACAUUACUUAUUUUGAUUAAUAAUUUGUUUCAAUGACAGACUCUGUAACUGGUUUCGUACUUAUGGCUGCUCUGCUCUAUACUGAGAAUUUAUCCAUGGCCUUUCUUCUUCUCUUAUUCUGUGAUAUGAUAUUGUUAAGUCUUGAUAACUUUAGGUUCGGUUAGAGAACAUACCUUUGUCAUUGAAUUGUAGAACACUCUUCCAUUUAUAAUUUUAGGAUGAUUAAGCACUUAUCAUUCA